AUGGAGGAAACAAGUUUUACGCUCGAGCAACAAGACGAAGAUGACCUUAUGCAAGCAUCUGAGACUCCUUUUCAUGCUGAGCAAACAACUGUUUGUAAAUGCAAGGGGAUGUGUCUUUGAGAGAUCGGUCGAAAUGCAUGUCCGUGCAAGAAUAUUGGAAACUUUUGUUCGUCUGCGUGUCACGGGCAAGACAACCAAGUUUGUCUGAACAAAUUGAAUGUGGUUGAUGGAGAUUGCAAUUCUUCAUCUUCUGGAGAGGAUUUAGUAAGUACAAUUUAUAUCUCUAGCACUGUAUAAUUGUUUUUAUACAGUAAUUUACAUGCAGGUCAAGUGCAAAUAAUCGGUCUAUGGUCGAAUCUGGCAUCUGACAUCAAAUACAAUUUCUUGAUAAAUACAAAAAUAAUGUUUGUAUAUAUUAUAUAGGCCAUGUAUGUUUCCUGUAAGAAACAUGAACUGUUAUUAUUAUUUACUAUUAGUAUAUUAGUAAUUUAAAUAUUGUUUAGGAUUCUGGGGCCUCAGAUGAGAGUUUUCAACCACCCCAAAGGAAACGUAGCAGAGUAAGAGGACAAUCUAAUCAGCAUAGGGCAGGAUGUUCAAGCACUUCAAGAGGUACAAGGGCUUCUGGAGGUGAAACUACAACCAGCCGUGGAACAUCCAGACGGGGAAGAGGAUGUGGCAGAUUAUUAGCUGAAGAAAAUUCAGAAGAAAGACAGGCUCAACAUGAGGAGCAAAUUCUGGUAAAUAUUUUUUUUUUUCAUGGCAAAUAAUAAUAUAAGUUUUGAUGUGUUAACACCACAUUAUAUUAUUUUAUUGCAAAUUUUUUGGUAGUACACAAAGUAUGCAUGAAAUGGUGUUUCCACAAAAUAAAAAUUAUAUUUUGUGCAAUUCUCAUGUCAUUAUGCUAAAUUGUAUAUUUUUUCUAUUUCAUAUAUUCUGUAAUUUAAAAUAUUACAAUACGAGACAGAAGCAGAAAAUACAUAUUUGUUACUGUCGAUGCAACAGAAGUGUUGAUAAAAUAUUCUAUCAAUUCAUUACCUAAAGUUGAUCAAUUCAUUUGCUUAAAAAUUGCUCAACUUCCUGUUUACUGGCUGGAGUGGCUGCUUAUUACCAAUUGUCAAUAAGUCACUGAAAUGAAAAGGAUCGAUUCAUGCACACAGGAAAUUGAUCAAUUUUUCAAGGUAAUGAAUUAAUGUAAUAUUUUAUCAACACUAUUGCAUUGACAGUGAAAAUAUUAUAGACUAGAAAAUAUUUUUAAUAGAGCCAAAAACAAUUGGUUUUAACAAAACUUUGUUUUCUGCCUGGAAUAUCAAUUGCUACUAACAGUUAAAAUACAUUAUUAUACAUAUUUCUUUAGGAAUUAAUAAAUGGUCUAAACGAAGAAACAGUUGGACAUCUGGCUGUUGAAUUGUUAAGACGCCAACCUGCAGUGUUUGCUGACUUAGUAAAUGGCGAGUUACCAAACAAUGUCAACACAGAUACACCAGGAGAAACAGGGCCCCCAGAAAGCAGCCAUUCACCUGAUUGGUGCAAGUGUGGUUUGUGUGUAGCCAUGCCAACUCAAGCGGAAAAUAAAUGCUGCACACAAGUUGUCCGAGAAUGCAUAACAAUAGACCCAUUAUUCCAUCAAAUUGUAUUAGACAGAAAUAUUUAA